CGAUACAAUAUGAAAUAAUUUAAAUUUUUCAAAUCAUUUCAAAUUAGAUUUUUUAAUCCGGGGAAACAGUAAUUGGUACCGAUAAACUGGGCGUGUUUGCAUUACUGUGAUAUUCUCAAUAACCCGCAGUAAUGGAAACGCCUUUAGUAGCAUGCGCUUGAACCCAUUACUGCGGUAGUGAGUCUUUUUAUUCUAACCUGUGAAAGUAGUGCGUGCAUUAAGUUCCCUGUAAGUUUUUUUCUGUUAAAAGUAAAAAAUGCCAAAAGUUAAUAAUAAAAAAAAGGUUAAUAAAAAAAAACCAAAUAAAUCUAAAGUAAUAAAAAAAGUGCGAUAUAAUUAUAACAAAGCUGAUGUGAAAUUAGCUUUAGCUGAAGUUAUCGGGGGAAAGAAAAUUGCUGAAGUGUCUAGAAAAUAUAAUAUACCGGAAUCAACCAUAAGAGCGAAAAAACUCAACAAAUACAAUGACAAACCACCUGGACCAUCGACUGUACUCAGUAAUGAAGAAGAAGAGGAAUUAGUUCAAUGGAUUUUUUACUGUUGUAAACAAGGUUUCGCGGUAACUAAAAAUAAAUUAGUUGAAAAUGUGAAAAUGCUGUGUGACUCUGGUAACAAGAAAACCCCAUUCGUUAAUAAUAAACCAGGGAGAUCUUGGCUUGAAAGUUUUUUAAAACGUCAUCCUAACGUUAGAGAAAAAAUUUCCGAAAAUUUAUCCGUAACCCGAGAUAAGGUAACAGAGUAUCAGAUACGGGAAUGGUUCACUGGUAUUACUAACUACUUCACUGAAUUUUUUACUGAUGAAAACUUUGCAAAAAUCGAUGGUACACGAGUUUUCAAUGGUGAUGAAAUUCAAAUUUCCAUGUGUCCGAAGAGUACUAAAAACGUGUAUAACAUAGUUAGUAAUAAUGAAAAAGAAAAUGUUACUAUACUCGUUACGGCAAAUGCAGCAGGCGAUCUUGCUCCAACUUUGGUGCUCUUUGCAGGUCAAAGUGUACCUAAAGACGUAAUAAAGAUGAGACCUCCGAACUUCAGUUUUGGCUAUUCUGAAAACGGCUCGAUGACAGCUAAAAAUUUUUACGAGUACAUUACUAAUAUUUUUUUUCCAUGGGUAUUCACAAGUAAUAUAGAAUUACCAAUCAUACUGUACAUUGAUGGACAUAGUUCACUCGUUACUAUGCCAUUGAGCAAAUUUUGCAGUGAAAAUAAAAUAAUUCUUGUUGCUUUGUAUCCUAAUGCUACACACAUCUUACAACCAUUAGAUGUAGCUCUCUUUCGAACAUUUAGAGCAGAUUAUCAAAGAUCUCUCGAAGCUUUAUGUGAAAAUUCUGGUACUGUAAGUUUAAAAAAAAGCCAAGUCGCACAUGUGUUAAAAAAAACAUUUGGAAGUUUGAAUUUGAAAGAAAUUUUGGAGAACGGAUUUAAAACAUGUGGGUUAUAUCCUCUGAACGUUGAUGCUAUUGACUUUAGCAAAGUUUUAAAAAAGCUGGAAAAUUCAUCCAGUGAAACCCCAAGCAUUUUUGAAGAUACAACAGAAGUGCCCGAAGAAUCAGAAACUUUGAAAGUCUUGGAGAGCUUAAUAGACAAAGAUAAAUUAAUAUCAUUCAAAGUCAACGCUAGCUCUGUUUGGAAAGGACGGAAGGAAGACGAAAGUCUUUAUGACAUAUGGUACAAGUUGGCAAAACCAACAAGUACUCCUAAUGUUGCAUCAAGCAAUGAAAUCUCUCUUUCCCAAGAACAUAAUAUUUUCAACGACGAUGUAAGUGUGGAGUCGCUCUCUGAAAGGACAAUUACUGAUGACCAAGAGGCAACAUCAUCAAGGAACGAGCUGGAGAACAAAACAGUACUUUGAUAAUUUUAUA